GGAAGCUCGUAGUUUCACCUUUCGCUGCCCGAGCGGAUUUCGUGCCGGGGCUUCGUGGCCCAGCCGUUCCUUGUGCCAUGGCUCGGGACUCGGCUCCCUUUCCCGACGGGCCGCUCUUAAAACUGCUGCCGGUAGAUGCCAGGGACCGGGGCACGCAGCGCUGCCGCCUGGGCCCGGCCGCCCUCCGCUCGCUGGGCGCGCGCCUGGGCUCGGCGGUGAGGAUCGCGCUGCCGGGCGGCGGCUCCUGCCUGUGCACCGCCUGGCCGCGGCGGGAUGGAGCGGACGGCUUUGUGCAGCUGGACCCGCAGUGCGCGAGCCCCGGGGCGGCGGGCGGAGCGCGGGCGUCCUCGGGGAGCCUCGGCCCGAGCAGCCUGCAGCUGGUGCCCUGCCCGCCCCUGCGGCGCGUCGCCGUGUGGCCGGUGCUGCGGACGCCGGCGGGCGCCCCGGGGACCCCGAGUGCGGCCGCGGUGCUGGAGGCCGCGCAGGAGCUGCUGAGAAACCGGCCGGUCUCUCGGGGCCACGUGGUGACCGCUGCGCCCGGCGCCGUGGGCCCGGUGGCCGCCCUGCACAUCGUCGGCGGGGCUCCUGACCCCGACCCUGCCGGGCUGGUCACUCCGGGGACCCGCAUCGUCCUCAGCGAGGAGCCUCCGUCCGGAGCGGAGCCGCGGGCCGAGAUGCCGCUGGGAGGUCUGUCGGAGGCGGCCGACUCGCUGCGGGAGCUCCUGCGCCUCCCACGGCGGUACCCGCGCGCCCUGGCCGCGCUGGGGCUGGUGGUGCCUCGCGGGGUGCUCCUGGCCGGCCCCCCGGGCGUGGGCAAGACCCAGCUGGUGCGCGCCGUGGCCCGCGAGCUGGGCGCCGAGCUGCUGGCCGUGUGCGGCCCCGCGCUGCAGGGCUCGCGGCCCGGGGAGACCGAGGAGAACGUGCGGCGCGUCUUCCAGCGCGCCCAGGAGAUGGCCAGCCGCGGGCCCAGCCUGCUCUUCCUGGACGAGGUGGACGCCUUGUGCCCCCGCCGCGGCGGCCCGCUCCGAGCCCCCGAGAACCGCGUGGUGGCCCAGGUGUUGACGCUGCUGGAUGGUAUCCGCCAGGAUCGCGAGGUCCUGGUCGUGGGAGCCACCAACAGGCCGGACGCGCUGGACCCAGCGUUGCGCAGACCCGGGCGAUUCGACCGAGAGCUUGUCAUUGGGGCUCCCACGCUUAAACAAAGAAUGGCAAUUCUGCAGGCGAUCACCUCAAAGAUGCCCAUCUCCAGUCAUGUGGAUUUGGGGCUCCUUGCAGAAAUGACUGUUGGCUAUGUUGGCGCUGACAUUGCAGCACUUUGUAGGGAGGCAGCCAUGUGCGCUCUUCUUACUGGCGAGAAGAACCAAAACAGUCCUGUGAUUGAUGACACAGACUUCCUUGAAGCUUUUAAAAAGAUCCAGCCCUCAUCAUUUCGCAGUUCCAUUGGGCUCACGGAUACCAAACCUGUUGGCUGGGAGCAAAUUGGUGGCCUUGAAGAUGUAAAACUGAAGUUAAAACAGUGCAUUGAGUGGCCUCUGAAAUACCCUCAGGAAUUUGUUAGGAUGGGUCUGACACCGCCAAAGGGCCUUCUGCUCUACGGUCCCCCUGGGUGUGCUAAGACCACGCUGGUGAGGGCCCUGGCCACAGGCUGUCACUGUUCUUUCGUUUCAGUGAGUGGAGCCGAUCUUUUCUCACCUUUUGUCGGAGAUUCAGAAAAAGUCUUGUCUCAGGUAUUUCAACAAGCAAGAGCCAAUACUCCGGCAAUUGUGUUCUUAGAUGAAAUUGAUUCAAUCUUGGGGUCUCGCUCAGUCAGCAGUGCGGGAUGUGAUGUUCAAGAGCGAGUCCUUUCUGUUCUCCUGAAUGAAUUAGAUGGUGUGGGAGUUAAGACCAUAGAGAGAAGAGGAAGUAAGUCAAGUCAACAGGAGUGUCAAGAAGUUUUUAAUCAAGCUGUCAUGAUUGUUGCGGCAACAAACAGACCUGAUGUGCUAGAUGCUGCUUUGUUACGACCUGGAAGAUUAGAUAAGAUCAUUUAUGUUCCUCCUCCAGAUCAAGAGGGCAGACUUUCUAUUUUAAAAGUCUGUACGAAAACCAUGCCUAUAGGACCUGAUGUUUCCUUAGAAAGCCUGGCAGCAGAAACCUGCUUUUUCUCUGGAGCUGAUCUUAGAAACCUCUGCAGAGAAGCUGCUUUGCUGGCACUGCAAGAAAAUGGACUGGAAGCAACUGCAGUGGAACACAAGCACUUCCUGAAAUCACUGAAGACUGUGAAACCAUCCUUAAGUCAGAAGGACUUGACUUUAUAUGAAAACUUAUUUAACAGAGAAGAAUUUUCUAGCUUGGAAGAUAAUUAACUUGUUACCUCCUAUUCACAUGAAUUGAAAUUGUUCAAUGCUUUUAUAGUUUGUGUGUUUUCUGUAAGUUGGAAAAGAAGAAAACAGCUGUGCCUGAUGAGCUGAAGACCAGUUUAUUUCUAGAAGGCAGAUUCAAACUGUAACUUAGGAUGAAGGUCUAUUGAUUUUGUCAGUAUAAUUGUUUUUGGAUUGUUCUUAUUUUAAACUCAUAAUUUUCAUGCUUGCAGUGAAGGUGGUUGGAACAAAGAACUCUUAAAAUACUAUAACCCAGGUUCACCAAUUUUUAACAAUUUGUCACAUGUUUCUUUCCCCCUCCCCCCAGCAAUAGUAUUUUUUUCUAAAUAACUGUCAAAUGCAUUGCUCAAUGAGAAAUGUGUCAUCGGGCAAUUUUGUCUUUGUAUGAACAUCAUGGUGCAGUAGUGUGUGUAUACAUACUAGAUGACUACCAUCACUAAGAGUUACAAUGAUGGGGCUGCCAUCACAGAUGUGCCUGAUUGACUGUGUAUAUUUCUUACAAAUGCAGUUGUUUUCUAAUAUCACAAUGCAGUCACCAAGCUCAGGAAGUGUAACAUUGAUGUUGGGUAUUUCUCACCAAUGAAACACUCUUGGGAGACUUUGUUCUCAGUAUUAUAGCUGAAGAAGUGUAAUGUUAUUAUUGGUUAUGUUAAUUGUAACCACUUAUCUAAGCUGUCGUAUGAUUUCUCUUUUCCUUUUGUAAUUAUAAGUACUUUUUAAAGAUGUAAGGAUACUAGAAAAUCUUUUGAUAACUUUCCAGUCCUUAAUACAUGUUCAGAUGACUAAAACAAAACCUACAGUGAUGCUGCACAGCUUAUUUUCCUCAUCGAGUAAUACCUAGUAAGCAUCUUCCUGGGCCGUCCUUCAUAGCUGCGGUGCAUUUAGGUGCAGGGAUACAGUGAAGGAGACAGACCUGGAAGCACAUCAGACAAAUUCAUUGAGUUUAAGUAGUGGUGAGAAGUGCUUCCGAAGUGUAUGGCAUGAUGAGAACACAUUGCAUGAAAUGUAUGAAGGCAUAAGUGUUCACCAGCCUUUAGAAAGGUCUCUUUCUGACUAGAGCAGUAUUAUCUGUAAGAAGCAGGGGAAAGACAUGAUUUGCAGUCAUGAAAUAAAAUUAUCCUAACUGACCCUCAUCUUGGAGCAUUAGGAAAAUCCUUACAAGUGUUCCAGGAUUCUGAUGGCUCAUGUUCUUUUGGGUUACUGAAUUUCAUAGACGGCACUCUUAAGCCUUUGCUGUACUAACGCAGGUUAGCCAAGCCUGUCCCUUUACCUUGGAUGUGUGUGGUCCCUUGUUCUGUCCUUGCAAGGGUUUCUAGUGCUCAGGCAGGAAGUACAUUACCCAUACUUGUUCAGGCUGAGUUUAUUUGAAACUAUCUUAAAAUUGUAAGUAUAGUUAUACAGGAUGUUUUUUUUUAAUUAUAUAAAAUACUGUCAUUGAAUUAAUUAUGAUUAUAAUUCAGUGAUGUGUUCUCAGUAGAGCUUUGGAAGCCUGUGAAAAGGCCAUUUUUCUUCUGUCACCAAAAUGUCCAGUAAAUGGCAAAAUGAUCAGGAAAUUUUUAUAUGUUAAUCUGAUUAAAAUAUUGUUCUUGGCAACUUCCAAAAACGUUGUUGUGGUGAUAGGUGUGGUAUGUGUAUGGAUAGUUGUGCAUGGGUGUGCAUAACCCCUGCACACGUGUUUGUCCGAGGCCACAGGUGAACACCAAGU